AAAAGUUUUGAAAAUGUAUUUUUUUGGCUAAUAACUCCUCAGUCUAUUCAGACAGAAUUCACAUUAACACAAUGUUUCUUUUGUGUUGCUAGUCAUAUGCAUUUAUGACUAUAUUUUUAUAUAAAAAUAAAAUGAUAGAAUGGUAGUGGUCAUAUCACUCUAUUCAUUAUAGAGAAUGGGCCGAACUCUCCAUCGGGGUGUGUUCUACUGAAGAUUGAGUGGGUUGCCCGUCAGCUUUUGCACCACAUCAGACCUUCUGGAAGCAAUGAGGCUCGCAUUUUGUGGUAAUGACAAUGCUUCAGCCUAUAACAUCAGUGCUGGUGUCCUCAGAAAUGUCUGCUUUGUGGAUGCCCUCAACCUGGUUCCCCAUGUCUUCUUGUUAUUUAUCACCUUCCCAAUUUUGUUCAUCGGCUGGGGAAGCCAAAGCUCCAAAGUCCAGAUUCACCACAAUACAUGGCUGCACUUCCCUGGACACAACCUGCGGUGGAUCUUGACAUUCACCCUCCUGUUUGUACAUGUGUGUGAAAUAGCAGAGGGCAUAGUUUCUGACACGCAAAUGAAAUCUCGCCAUCUGCAUCUCUUUCUACCAGCUAUCAUGGGAUUUGUGGCUGCCACUGUAUCCAUAGUUUAUUACCACAAUAUUGAAACAUCCAACUUUCCAAAGUUACUGUUGGCUCUCUUUCUUUACUGGAUAAUGGCCUUUGUCACCAAAACGAUUAAGCUUGUAAGAUACUGCCAGGAUGGUGUACCUUUUUCUCAGUUGCGUUUCUGCAUCACUGGAAUUAUGGUCAUUCUGUAUGGGCUGCUGAUGGCUGUGGAGAUCAACGUCAUUCGAGUUAGGAGGUAUGUUUUUUUCAUGAACCCUCAGAAAGUAAAGCCACCAGAGGAUCUACAGGAUCUGGGGGUGAGGUUUCUGCAGCCCUUUGUCAAUUUGCUGUCAAAGGCAACUUACUGGUGGAUGAAUACUCUUAUUAUAUCUGCUCACAAGAAACCUGUGGAUCUGAAGGCGAUUGGAAAGCUUCCAAUUGCAAUGAGAGCACUGACAAAUUACGUUUGUCUCAAAGAAGCAUAUGAGGAACAAAAGAAAAAGGUAGCAGACCAGCCCAAUCGGAGUCCCUCCAUAUGGUUAGCCAUGUACAGUGCUUUUGGCCGACCAAUUCUUCUCAGCAGCACGUUCCGUUACUUGGCUGACUUGCUGGGUUUUGCUGGGCCAUUAUGCAUUUCUGGCAUUGUCCAGGGCUUCCAGAAUACAACCAACAAUACAAAUACGACAGAAAAGGUGAAGGAUCCAUCAAAUUCAUAUCUUUCCUCAGAGGAAUUCCUCAGGAAUGUUUAUGUUCUGGCAGUUCUUCUCUUCCUGGCCCUUAUCUUGCAGAGGACAUUCCUGCAGGCAUCCUACUAUGUGACUACAGAAACAGGCAUCAACCUGCGAGGUGCUUUACUGGCAAUGAUAUAUAAUAAGAUCCUGAGGCUUUCUACAUCCAACUUGUCCAUGGGAGAGAUGACGCUGGGACAAAUCAAUAACUUGGUUGCCAUAGAAACAAAUCAAUUAAUGUGGUUCUUGUUCCUGUGCCCCAAUCUGUGGGCAAUGCCUGUUCAGAUAAUAAUGGGUGUGAUCCUACUCUAUAAUUUGCUCGGAGUGAGUGCCUUGGUCGGUGCGGCUGUCAUUGUACUGUUAGCUCCAAUACAGUACUUCAUAGCUACCAAGUUGGCUGAGGCUCAGAAGAGCACUCUUGACUAUUCUACUGAAAGAUUAAAGAAAACCAAUGAGAUUCUAAAAGGCAUUAAGUUAUUAAAGCUGUAUGCCUGGGAGCACAUAUUUUGUACUAGUGUGGAAGAAACAAGAAUGAAGGAGCUCACCAGUCUCAAAACCUUUGCACUUCAUACAUCUCUUUCCAUUUUUAUGAAUGCAGCCAUACCAAUAGCAGCAGUUCUUGCAACCUUUGUGACUUACGCAUAUACCAGUGAGAAGCCGCUGCAGCCCGCCCAGGCCUUUGCAUCACUGUCAUUAUUUCACAUCCUGGUGACACCACUGUUCCUGCUCUCCACUGUGGUUCGUUUUGCUGUCAAGGCUAUCAUAAGUGUACAGAAGCUGAAUGAGUUUCUCCUGAGUGAUGAGAUUGGAGAUGACAGCUGGAGAGGUGGGGACAGCUCUGUAGCUUAUGAAUCCUGUAAGAAGCACACAGGACUUCACACCAAGGCCAUCAACAGGAGGCAGCCCUUGAGGUAUCAGCUUGAAAGCUAUGAACAGCCAACAAGGAAGCAAACACGUCCUGUGGAGAUAGAUGAUGUUGCAAUCAAGGUGACCAAUGGAUACUUUUCAUGGGGAAGUGGUUUAGCUACAUUGUCCAACAUAAACAUUCGAAUCCCAACAGGUCAGAUGACAAUGAUUGUGGGUCAAGUUGGCUGUGGCAAGUCAUCACUUCUCCUUGCUAUACUGGGAGAGAUGCAGACACUGGAAGGAAAAGUUCACUGGAGCAAACUGCCUGACAGACAGAUGAAUACAGAAGGACACUUCAGUGUAAAUGAAACUGAACCUUCUUUUGAAGCAUCCAGAAGUAGAAACAGAUACUCGGUGGCUUAUGCAGCGCAGAAGCCGUGGCUGCUGAAUGCAACCGUGGAGGAGAACAUUAUCUUUGGAAGCCCGUUUAAUAAACAGAGGUACAAAGCUGUAACAGAUGCGUGCUCUCUGCAGCCUGACAUUGACUUACUACCAUUUGGCGAUCAGACAGAAAUUGGAGAAAGGGGGAUUAAUUUAAGUGGCGGCCAACGACAGAGAAUCUGUGUAGCUCGAGCACUCUAUCAGAACACCAACAUUGUCUUCUUGGAUGACCCAUUCUCUGCGCUGGACAUUCACUUAAGUGAUCAUUUAAUGCAGGAAGGGAUUUUGAAGUUUCUGCAAGAAGACAAGAGGACUCUUGUUCUGGUGACACAUAAGUUACAAUAUCUACCACAUGCUGACUGGAUCAUAGCAAUGAAGGAUGGAAUGGUACUUAGAGAAGGGACACUAAAGGAUAUCCAAAACAAUGAUAUUGAGCUAUAUGAACACUGGAAAACUUUGAUGAAUCGCCAAGAUCAAGAAUUGGAAAAGGAUAUGGAAGCUGACCAGACUACUCUUGAGAGAAAAACCCUUAGAAGGGCCAUGUAUCCCAGAGAAUCCAAAUCACAACUGGAAGACGAAGAUGAAGAGGAAGAAGAGGAAGAAGAUGAAGAUGAUAAUAUGUCAACUGUCUUGAGGCUCAGGACAAAGAUGCCUUGGAAAACCUGCUGGAGAUAUCUAACCUCUGGAGGAUUUUUCUUGCUCUUUCUGAUGAUUUUCUCAAAGUUGUUGAAACACUCAGUUAUAGUGGCCAUAGAUUACUGGCUUGCUACGUGGACAUCCAUGGACAAUGUAAAUGAAGUCAAGAACGCUGAUGAUGUUAACAGCACAAAUAAGACUUAUCAUGUAGCUGUCUUCAGCAUCCUCUCUGGAGCUGGGAUUGUCCUUUGUCUCAUCACAUCUCUGACUGUGGAGUGGAUGGGCCUCACAGCAGCCAAGAACCUACACCAUAAUCUCCUCAACAAGAUCAUCCUUGGACCAAUCAGGUUCUUUGAUAUGACUCCAUUGGGGCUAAUUCUAAAUCGCUUCUCAGCUGAUACAAAUAUAAUUGAUCAGCACAUUCCUCCUACACUGGAGUCUCUUACUCGGUCCACCUUACUCUGCCUGUCAGCCAUCGGAAUGAUCUCCUAUGCUACUCCAUGGUUCCUUGUUGCCCUUGUGCCUCUCGGGAUAGCAUUUUAUUUCAUCCAGAAAUACUUCAGAGUUGCCUCCAAGGAUCUCCAGGAACUUGAUGACAGCACCCAGCUGCCUUUACUCUGUCACUUCUCUGAGACAGCUGAGGGUCUCACCACCAUUAGAGCAUUCAGGCACGAAGCCAGAUUUAAACAACGUAUGCUGGAACUAACAGACACGAACAACAUUGCCUACUUAUUUCUGUCAGCUGCCAACAGAUGGCUAGAGGUCAGGACGGAUUACCUCGGUGCUUGUAUUGUUCUGACUGCGGCUGUCACUUCCAUCACCGAAGGGCCUCACUCAGGGUUUGUGGGGCUGGGUCUCCUGUACGCUCUGACGAUAACCAACUAUUUGAACUGGGUCGUGAGGAAUCUGGCUGAUCUGGAGGUGCAGAUGGGUGCAGUAAAAAAAGUACACAGCUUCCUGAACAUGGAGUCGGAGAACUAUGAUGGCUACUUGGAUCCCUCUCAAGUCCCCAAAGACUGGCCUCAGGAGGGGGAAAUCAAGAUUGAAAAUUUGUGUGUUCGAUAUGAAAACAACCUGAAGCCUGUUCUUAAGCAUGUUAAGGCAUACAUCAAACCAGGACAAAAGGUUGGGAUCUGUGGUCGUACUGGCAGCGGCAAGUCAUCCCUGUCUUUGGCAUUCUUCAGAAUGGUGGACAUAUUUGAUGGGAGGAUAGUGAUUGAUGGAAUAGACAUCAGCAAAUUGCCUCUUCAUACUCUCCGUUCCCGACUCUCCAUUAUUCUCCAGGAUCCAAUAUUGUUCAGUGGCUCCAUCCGCUUUAAUUUGGAUCCAGAAUGCAAGUGCACUGAUGAUAGGCUCUGGGAAGCUUUGGAGAUUGCUCAGUUGAAGAACAUGGUCAAGUCAUUGCCAGGAGGCCUUGAUGCAAUGGUCACAGAAGGAGGAGAGAACUUCAGUGUAGGGCAAAGGCAGCUCUUCUGCCUGGCCCGAGCCUUUGUCCGCAAGAGUAGCAUUCUCAUCAUGGAUGAAGCCACAGCAUCUAUUGACAUGGCCACAGAAAACAUUUUGCAGAAGGUUGUGAUGACUGCCUUUGCAGACCGCACAGUUGUAACAAUAGCACAUCGAGUUCACACCAUCCUAACUGCAGACCUGGUCAUCGUCAUGAAGAGAGGAAACAUUCUAGAAUAUGAUACGCCUGAGAACCUACUCUCUCAAGAAGAUGGCAUAUUUGCAUCAUUUGUCCGGGCUGACAUGUGAAGAAUUGCAUGAUGCAUUUUAAUAGCUUAUUUUUAAACAAAUGAAAUGCAAAUAUUUUCUAUUCAAUGUAACAUCACUUUUAUCUUUUUUUUUUUAGAGCUUCUUCACACUUCCAUCUUCCAAAAUAAUAAAACCUAUUGCAAUACAUGUAUGCCUCAAAGCAAUACAAAUGUCACUUCAUUCAAAAUCUAUUAAACUUCACACACACUCACAUACGCACACACAAAGGAAGAGGUUUUUAUUUCCUGGAAAUCUGGCAUUUCCCUUAAACUUUUUAGUGACUUUAUUUUCUUUUAUAGAGAGCCAAACAAUGCACCGUUCUUAUAAACUGCAUAUCUUAUGCUGGAACCAGCAAUCAAAUUGUGCCAUUUGUUAAGGAAACGAGAGAUCCCCAGAAGCAUUCUGUCCCCAGAGGGAAAAAAGAAAAAAAACAACAAAUCCAAACCUAUAACGCUUGGGGCAAUCUGCUGCAUUCCAAAGGCAUAAAUGUUGCUCUCCAAGUCAUAGUGGAGGAGCAGUAAAAGAGGGAAAGGAAUGUCAUCAGAAAUAAGGAAAUUCUUUCUGUCCUCCACUUUCGUUAGCACACUGCAGUUGUCACAAUACUAUUUUUCAGUGCAGUGGUGGCUUAUCCCUACAGUCAGUUCCUAAAUCCGUAUUUGUCCUGAAGAAUUUCUUCAGUCAAAGAUGCCAAUCAUCCUAUAAUUAUGCAUGCUUUGAUACACUUGUAGAAGAAUUUUGUACAGUAUCUUAAGUCUUUGCAUUAAAAGUAAUCUGAAUUUAUAAACUUGA